UCGGAUAUAGUAAAUAUCCUUGAACUAACGAGUAAAUUCAUGACUAAAACAGUGAUCUGGUUAUUAGAAUUGCUGUAGUGUUUCUCACAUUAUAGUUGUGUUUAGGCGUUAGCUUGCUACAUGUCUGAAAUCUGUGGUGUUUAAGCGAAAACGAAUUUGACUGGAACUAUUGGCAGAAAUCAAAACUUUUAUGAGGAACAAUACAGUUACACAAACUACGGUAUGGAGACCCCGACGCCCACGACCCCUGGCGAUUGUCUGCCUGGUAUCUUCCAGCAGCUCGACUCUCUGGCCGGUGUUGACUCAGACUUUGAUGAGAGCCUUGCAGUGCCUGAAUCUCUAUCCGUUAUAGAUGUCAAUAAAAUUGACAAUAAAGAAGAGACAGAUACUAAUGAACCUCAAUCAUUCGUGCCUUUCAGAGCCAUACACAACCCACCGAUAAAAUUCAAUUCUGUGCACAGAAAAGUAUUCAUACCGGGCGUUGAAAUAAAGGUCAGAUUCGUUGAAAACGAAAGGAGUGUAACUACACAUCUUCUUAACCCUAACCUGUACACAAUCCUUUUACAACAUGGCGACUUUAAAUGGACAAUCAAAAGAAGAUAUAAACACAUACUAUAUCUACAUCAACAGCUCACGUUAUACCGUGCUUCCCUUAAUAUACCAUUCCCAACUAAAACACACAAAUCAAGACGAGCCAGUUUCAAAAACACAGUGAAUACAGAAGAAAUGGCUGAAAAAAUAGCACUGGAUGCUGUAGCUAGUAGUUCUAAAAAGAGAGAUGUGCGGCCGCGUAAGAGAAAGGGUGCGUUACCUAGGUUCCCGAAGAAGCCUGAAGUGAUGGUUACAUACGAAGGUAUACAACUAAGAAUGAAGCAGUUGGAAGAAUAUUUAUAUAAUCUACUCAAUAUAUCUAUAUAUAGAAAUCAUCAUGAAACGGUUAAGUUCCUGGAGGUAUCAAAUCUGUCGUUUGUGUCGGAGCUGGGGUCUAAGGGCAAAGAGGGUAUGAUUCAGAAGCGUACCGGCUCCACCAAGCCGGGCCAGGCUGGCUGCAACUGCUUCGGUCUGCUCGGUACCAUGGUGUGUGUUAGAUGUACGUAUUGCUGCACGGGACUGGUGUGUGCCAAGUGGCAGGAUCGCUGGCUGUUCGUCAAAGACACCUUCUUCGGCUACAUCCGCCCAACUGAUGGUGCCAUCAAAGCUGUUAUGCUCUUCGAUCAGGGUUUCGAGGUGUCAAGUGGAAUGUACUCGACGGGACUGAAUCACGGCUUGCAUAUAUUAAACCAAAGUCGACAGAUGGUUAUAAAAUGUUGGACGAAACGGAAGAGCAAAGAAUGGAUGGCCUAUCUUAAAACGGUCGCAAAUCAAUCCGCUCGUGAGUUCACGUAUCCGAACGUACACCACUCGUUCGCACCGCCGCGUGCUGCGACACCUGUGGGCGUGCUGGUGGACGGCGCGGCGUACCUCUCCGCGGUGGCCGACGCCAUGGAGCUCGCCACAGAGGAGAUCUUCAUCGCGGACUGGUGGCUCAGCCCGGAGAUAUACAUGAAGCGGCCCGCACUCAAUGGCAAUUAUUGGCGACUAGACUGCAUACUUAAGAGGAAAGCGGCGCAAGGAGUGAAAGUGUUUGUGAUGCUGUACAAAGAAGUGGAAAUGGCGCUCGGUAUAAACAGUUACUACAGCAAGGGGGUGCUUACGAGGAAAAGUGAAAAUAUUAAGGUGAUACGUCAUCCAGACCACGCUCGUGUUGGUGUGCUGUUCUGGGCUCAUCAUGAGAAGAUCGUCUGCGUGGACCAGACUGUAGCCUUCCUCGGCGGCAUCGACCUCUGCUACGGACGUUGGGAUGACCAUAAACACAGACUGACAGACUUGGGCAACAUAGCGCAGCCAGUAUCCUCUAUCCGCACAAAGAAGAAGACAUCCAGCUCUCCUGGCGGUGGACUGUGCCUGCCUACCUCUAAUGGUAUAGAGGCCGCGAUAGAACUCGCCAAGAGCUCCAAGAACAUCGUCAUGGGAAUUACUGAACCAAUACAAGAAAUAACAAUAGAUAUAAAAGAGAACGAUGAAAAGGGAGAAGGAGAUUCAGAAAAUAAAGAAGAAAAAUUGCCCGUUUUAGAACCAGGAGAUCAAUUACUAAUAACUUCUGCCAAACAAACUUCAGAAACACAGCUUGAUUCACCUGAUCAGAAGAAAAAUGUAUUAAAUAAGAUAACAGAUAGAGGGAAAGAUAUUUUCAGUGUAAUAUAUCCACCUUUUGAAGAAGAAAGAAACGAACAAAGAUUCGAUGAUUCUGAAAGAAAGAAAGCUGAGAAAUAUGCAUUAUCUAAUGAUCAAGUGUUACUAACAGAUGCAUUAGGUAUAAAACAUAAAUCUGUAAGUCAGCCGACCCCUUUAGCGCAAGUUGUUGAAGGUAGAGUGAUCACUGAAAGUACAAAAGAGGCUUUGGAAGGGAUUGAGGGUAAUUCUAAAUUAUGGAUCGGAAAAGAUUAUGUGAAUUUUAUAGUAAAGGACUUCAAUAAUUUAGAUCUGCCAUUUGUGGACCUGGUGGACCGCAACACAACUCCUCGCAUGCCAUGGCAUGACGUGGGUGUGGUGGUACAACAUGCGGCCGCACGCGACGUCGCCCGACACUUCAUACAGCGCUGGAACGCAAUCAAACUCGAAAAGUACAGACAAAAUUUUAACUAUCCAUAUCUGCUACCUAAGACAUAUAACGAAAUAAAGCCGUUACAAGGCUUGAAAGAGUUGCUCAAUAUUGACAUCAACAACGCGUCUUGUCAGGUGCUGCGCAGCGCGUCGAGCUGGUCGUGCGGCUUCCUGGAGCCGGACACGGUGGAGCAGAGCGUGCACGAGGCCUACGUGGACACCAUCACGCGCGCUCAGCACUACGUAUACAUCGAGAACCAGUUCUUCAUCACUCUCUCCAGGACCAAUCUCAAUGUCAGGAACCAGAUAGGCGAGGCUCUGUUCAACCGCAUAAUGCGUGCGGUGCGCGGCCGCGAGACUUUCCGCGUGUUCGUGGUGCUGCCGCUGCUGCCCGGCUUCGAGGGUGAGGUGGGCGCACCUUCCGGCACAUCUCUGCACGCUGUCACACACUGGAACUACCAGAGCAUAUGCAGAAGUCGCGAAGCAAUCCUAACCCGUUUGUAUGAGGCGGGUGUGUCGGAUCCGGCGCAGUACAUAACUUUCCAUGGUCUUCGUACACACGCGGCUCUUGGCGGAGAGCCUGUCACCGAGCUGGUGUAUGUGCACUCCAAGCUGCUGCUGGCUGAUGACAGGACCCUCAUCUGCGGCAGCGCCAACAUCAACGACCGCUCCAUGAUCGGCACCAGGGACUCUGAGAUCGCUGUCUUGUUACAGGACGAGCAAUUCGACGAGGGUGUGAUAAAUGGCGCGUCGUACCCGUGCGGGAGAGUUGCGGGUGCGCUGCGCAAGCGACUGUUCCGUGAACACCUCGGCUAUGUAGAACUGGACCCUGCUGCUUGCGGGAUCAGACUUGAUGACCCCACAUGUGACCAUUUCUAUAAUAAUGUGUGGAAAGCUACAUCUAAACAGAACACGCAGAUAUAUGAGGAGGUGUUUCACACAAUACCAACGGACGCGGUUCAUUCAUUUGCGGAGCUGAAGAAAUAUCAGGAGGAACACAACGAGACAUUAUGGCACAAGGACCCCACGCUGGCCAACCGCAAAAUAGACCUCAUCCAGGGUCAUCUCGUCGACUUCCCACUGGACUUCCUCUGCAACGAGACCCUCACACCCAGGAACACCUCCAUGGAGGGUAUGAUGCCCACCGCGCUCUGGACAUAAACACGACACUAUCUCUACUCUAUUUUAGGAGUGACUAUGCUUUAGUCAACUACGUACUUUGAAUUCCAUCCAUUCAGCCUUAUUACGCCCACUGCUGGGCAUAAGUCUCCAAAGAUCGACACAAUGAUCGGUCCUGUGCAAUCCGCAUCCAGGAUACUCCCACAAUCAUGACCA